UCUCCCUCAAACCCACAGUCUCGAGCAAAAACCUACGACGCACAAACAUCAGUGAGGAGCAGCCCCCUUCUCCUGCCACCACGGGACAUCUCAUAUGCAUUGGGUUUGUGAGUUCACUUGAUGUCGGCACCCUCAGGGGGUGGGAGGGCCUGCAGAAUCAAAACCCAGUCAUCACAGGUGAAACCUCCAACUAGCACAUCUGUGACCACCCUCAUGUUCCUACAGAGCACCAAAUAGCUCAUUCUGGAAAAAAACACUGCUUCAGAGCUAAAAGGGACUUACUUCCAACAUGGAGGGUGUAGCCGUCAACAACCUUAUAGACUUUGACCUACCCUCAGAGGCCACAACUCUCAGCAUAGAUGGAGACCAACAUCAAGGCCAUACAGACAUUUUCUCUCCAGAGCCGACAUCUUCCAUGGGAGUCCACCAGCAGCCCUUACUGCCAGAGCCCAUGGCGCCAACCAAGCCCAGCCCUCACCACCACCACCACAAUCACCAAGAGGAAGGAGGCAAUGACAGCGAUGCUACAGAGUCGGCAGACAGCGAGAAUGACAUGGACCCGCCAUCGCAUAUGUGGGAGCUGAGGAGGUCGUCAUCUUCGUCCGCCCACAGUGGAGAGGAGGCUGAUGCAGAGACAGUGGAGAGGAGGCAGUUCAUGAAGGCUUAUGUGGAGAAGGUGUUUCAUGGAAGGGAGGACUUUGAUCAGGAAGAGAAGGCUCGUUUUGGAGAGCUGUGCAGUGGAGAGAACGGCAAAGGCAGGGAGUGGUUUGCCAAAUACGUCAGCGCACAGCGCUGCCACUCUAAAUGUGUGAGUGAAGCCACCUUCUACAGACUGGUGCAGUCUUUUGCGGUUGUGCUGUUUGAAUGUUACCAGAUGGAUGACUACAGCCCAGCCAAAAACCUUAUGACAAUGUGCUUCACAUACUACUACAUUGGGAAGUGCCAGCCAUCUCCCUCAGAGUUGCUGGAUCGUGGUGGUCCUCCAGCUGGUCUGGACUCGUACCUCAACAAGGCCAACUUCUGGCUGUCUGGGAAGAAGGAUGCUGCUGAGCGCCUCCUCAAGAACACAUCUAAAAGUGACGUCAAAGGCUUCUUUGGAGGCUUAGAGAGCAAGCUGAGAAGCUCAAUAGCUGCCAAGACUGAGGAUGGUGAAAGCCCAGUUGAGACAAAGCCCAAAUCACCAGUGUCAGAGGCUCCAGAGGAAAAGAAAGGAGAAAAGGUGUAUCUGUACACCCACCUGAAGCAGCAACCCAUCUGGCACACAUUAAGGUUUUGGAAUGCUGCAUUUUUUGAUGCUGUCCAUUGUGAGAGGAAGAAAAGAUCACCAACCACGAGGGGAGCGCAGGAUGAAGAGAAAGAUGAGAGGGAGAAGUGGUGUCAUAUGACCCAGGAGGAGAGGGACGACACCUCCAAAAUCGAUGAAAACAUCGCCUUCGGCCAACUCGGGACAUUUACUCAUAACAUGCUGGCGUUUGGGCUCAGCAAGAAGCUCUGCAAUGACUUCCUGAAGAAGCAGGCUGUCAUCGGGAACCUGAAUGAAGAACAGUACAAGUUGCUGACCGACCACAUAGAGAAAAUGGCGGCAGAGUGAGUUUGAGGACGACAGGCCGCAUUUCAAAGUCUCCACACAAGAGACUGACAGCACAGACACACACACACAUCAGCAAUUUCUUGGCAACUCGGUGUCACAGUGACCAACUCUUCGUUUGACUGUUGUUGCAUUUAUGUGAUGCACUGCUGAUAAACAACAUAACUUACUAUACUGAACUGUGCCAUAGUUGUAGCAAAUCCUGUAUAUCCAGCUUGGUAGUGCUCUUCUGCACCCUGUCCUGUAUCAGCAAUAAUACAACAUCAUUAGCCAAUGCAUACUUAAAUAUCUUUAACGCCUCUGUCUGUGACCUGCUGGACUAAAAGCAUAAAGUGAAACCAUCCAGUAUAAACCUAAACAGCCUCAGUAUGGUGUCACACACUCUGGAUUUAUAUAUUAUACACAUGAUGUGUAAAUUAUAUAUCCUCAAUGCUGUUUUUCUUCUGUGUUUCCAUGGUAACCACAUUUAUUACAUGUUAGCGUAUCACAUCUAACAGCAUCUGAUGAAGCGCUGUACUAAGUGUCGCCCUGCUUUGUUAUGUUUUACAUCAAUGUCUACAGCAGUUCAAACCAGACUGGGGUGUAAUAGUAUAUGGCAAUAAUAAGUCAUAGUGUUUCAAUGUGCUAUUCAGGUGGUAUCGGGUCAGUUUUCUAUCCCAGUGUCACUUAAGUUAAAGGGACAAUUCACCCCAAAAUUCAAAAUACAUAUUUUUCCUCAUACUUGUAGUAUCAUUCAAGAUUAUUUUGGUGUGAGUUCAAAGUGUCAGAGAUAUUUGCUGUAGAGAUGUGCCUUCUCUCCAGUAUAAUGGAAGUAGAUGGCAUUCAGCUAGUGGUACUCAAAGCACCAAAAAGUA